UUUGGUUCAACGAUCGGUAGGCAGUGAGAAAGAGCAGAGACGAAAAAGGACUGAUCCAAAUCCAACCCACAGUCAGGCAUGGCUCACACAGAGCCUCACCAGAAGAACAUGGUGGGCGAGGAUUGUGGUAAUGAUGGAGAGAGUUUCAGAUCACAGUACAGUCUAAACAUUGAGCUUGCAGCAGUCACAGAACAGGGAUUUGGGACAAGAGGGAAUAAACAUAAUGGCCGCAACAACGAAGAGUCCGUCAAAAGGAUAGAGAUCGAGUUCUCUGGAUCUGGAAAGAAACACGGCAAGGUGGCACGAGUGUCUCGUAACAUUUCUCCGGCCACCCUGUUUGAGUUGCUGACUGCAGAUUGGAACUUGCUGGCCCCGAGCCUCGUCGUGUCAAUCAUGGGAGGAAAUGAAAACUUGCCGAUGAAACCGUGGCUCCGGGAUAUCUGGAAGGGGCUGGUCAAGGCCGCUCAGAGCACAGGAGCGUGGAUCAUUACCAGUGGGCUGAGAGCCGGCGUGACCAGGCUAAUAGGGGAAGCAGUCCGCGACCAUGCACUGGCCAGCAACUCCUCCAAAGUCAAAGUCCUCGCCCUUGGACUCUCGCCAUGGGAGAUCAUACAGAACAGCGAAGCCUUAGCCAGUGGCACGCAUUGCAGCCCAGCGAGCUACCAGAUUGAGGAGACAGUGAAAGGACCUCCCUACUCCCUGGACAACAACCAUUCACACUUCAUACUGGUGGAGGACGAGACUGAAGAUGGCACCAAAGAACUUUUGCUGAAACUCAUAAAGCACAUCUCUGAACAGCAGACAGGCUAUGGAGGAACAGGCAGUGUUGAGAUUCCUGUUCUCUCGAUUCUGGUCCAUGGACACCCUACAAUGCUGCAGAAAAUCUACCAGGGGAUGGCGGACUCUAUCCCGUGGCUGGUCCUGGCAGGGUCUGGCGGCCUCGCUGACGUCAUUGCUUCACUGGUGAGCCAGCCGUUGGUCCCAGAGAUUGUGCAGGAAGAGAUGCAGGAAACGUUUCCCAGUGAAACCUUUGCGUGGGACGAUAUUCUCAAAUGGACUGAACUGAUUCAAAGAAUUUUGGCCAAUCACCACAUUAUAACAGUGCACGAGGCAGAGCAGGAAAGCUCAGAGGAGUUAGACACGGUUAUUCUGAAAGCCCUGGUCAAAGCCUGCAAAAGUCAAAGCCAAGAAGCUCACGAAUAUCUGGAUGAACUGAAACUUGCUGUGGCCUGGAACAGAGUAGAUAUUGCCAAGAGCGAGAUCUUCAACGGAGAUGUGGAAUGGAAGUCUCGUGACCUGGAAGAGGCGAUGCUGGACGCCUUGGUGAACGACAAGCCGGAUUUCGUCCGCCUCUUCAUCGAGAACGGCAUGAAUCUCCGUGACUUCCUGACUUACGGCCGGCUGCAGGAGCUGUACUGCUCCAUUUCCCAGAAGAGUCUCCUGUAUGAGCUCCUCCUGAAAAAGCACGAGGAGCAAAGGCUGACCAUCGCGGGCAUGAACGCAGCCCUGCACCGCGACUCCCUGGACACCCGGACCAAGUUCACUCUGCACGAAGUGGCCAAGGUCCUAAAGGAUUUCCUGCAUGAUGCGGGCAAGGAAUUUUUCCAGGACUUCAGCCAGCCUCGCAAACCAAUUGGUAUUAAGAAACCCCUCCGAGGCCAGAAGUUGUGUGGGACCGGCGAUUUAAACCAGAAAUGUCGGAACCCCUGGCGGGACCUCUUUUUGUGGGCCGUGCUGCAGAACAGGCAGAAAAUGGCCAAGUACUUCUGGGAAAUGUGUCCGGAGGCAGUGGCCACGGCUCUUGCCGCCUGCAAGAUCCUGAAACAAAUGGCUCGACUGGAAUCGGACAGUGAGACCGCUCGAAGCAUGAAGGAGGCAAAAUUCGAACAGCUCGCAAUCGAUUUGUUCACCAAGUGUUACAGUAACAACGAGGACAGAGCCUUUAUCCUGCUGAUUCGCAAGACCAAGCACUGGAGUAAAGCCACUUGCCUGCAGUUAGCCACAGAGGCUGAUGCCAAGCACUUCUUUGCACAAAAUGGUGUUCAGGCUCUGUUGACGAAAAUCUGGUGGGGCGCGAUGUCAACUGACACCGCAAUAUGGAAGCUUGUCUUCGCAUUCUUUUGCCCUCCUCUGAUAUACACCAACUUGAUGGACUUCAGUACGGACGAUCAGCUGUCUGUAGGGGAGUCCGAACAAUUGAAAGAACUGGACAGUUGGGACACGGAACAAGUUUUACUGCUGGGUGACAAGACAAACAGUAACCAGGGAGAGGAGGAGAAAGAACAACUGCGUUCGAUGAGGAGGCAGCGGCGGGCUUUCAUCUUCAGAAGGUGGAAGAAAUUUUGGGGUGCACCCGUGACCGUGUUCCUGGGGAAUGUCAUCAUGUACUUUACGUUCCUCUUCCUUUUCGCCUACGUUCUGCUGGUGGACUUCAAGAAGCCUCCGCUUAUCCCUUCUGUCACCGAGUUCACACUAUACUUCUGGGUCUUCACCUUAGUCUUGGAGGAGCUCAGGCAGGGUUUUUUCUCGGAAGGAGCCACAAACAUAAUAAAGAAGUUCAAGCUGUAUGUGGAGGACGCGUGGAAUAAGUGCGACAUGGUGGCGAUGCUGCUGUUUAUCGUGGGAGUGUCCUGCAGGAUGUACCUGUCCACGUACGAUGCGGGACGGACACUCCUGUGCCUGGAUUUCAUGGUGUUUGCUCUCAGACUGAUCCACAUCUUUGCUGUCCACAAGCAGCUGGGACCAAAGAUCAUCAUUGUGGAGAGGAUGAUGAAAGACGUCUUCUUCUUCCUGUUCUUCCUGUUUGUGUGGCUGAUCGCGUACGGAGUGGCCACUCAGGCCUUGCUCCACCCCAAUGAGACGCGGCCGGAAUGGAUUUUCAGGCGGGUUCUCUACAGACCUUAUCUGCAGAUAUUUGGCCAGAUUCCGCUGAACGAGAUAGACGAGGUUCAGAUGCCUGGUCCGAACUGCACGGAGAGUUCAGAUCCAAAAUCACCGCCCUGCCCCAACACUUAUGCCAACUGGCUGAUGAUUGUGCUCCUGGUCAUUUUUCUGCUGGUCACCAAUGUGCUACUGCUGAACCUGCUGAUUGCCAUGUUCAGUUAUACUUUCCAGGUAGUCCAAGAGAACACCGAUAUAUUCUGGAAAUUCCAGCGUUACAACCUCAUCGUUGAGUACCACAACCGCCCAUCCCUGGCCCCACCCUUCAUCAUCAUCAGCCACAUUCACCUUUUCAUUCAAGGGAUCAUCAAGCAGCAAGAACGCAAACAAGAGCACUUUGAAAAAUACUUACCCGAAAACUUGGACCAGAAGCUGAUGGCCUGGGAGUCGGUAGAGAAAGACAACUAUCUGGCCGGCUUGGAAAAGGGCAAGAGAGAAAGCAGCACAGAAACGCUAAGGAAAACUUCAAACAAGGUAGAUUCACUGCUGAAAACCAUCAGUGAAUAUAAGGAACAGGAGAAACGGCUCAGCACACUGGAGGCUGAGAUCAAAUACUGCAGUAAUGUUUUGUCCUGGAUGGUCAAAUCCUUUACGCAACACAACCUGCAAUGCAACAGCCCACCUCCAAAAUACUCAGGUUCUUCGGUUCUGGUCUAUAAAAAGCAGCCACAGAAUUCAUUGGCAACAGAUGAUGCUUGUGCAGAGGCCAGCGUUUCCAGUGACCUACAGUACAUCGAUGACGAUUAACUCCAGCAAUGGAAGUUCACACAUUCCAAAAAGCAACAAGGAAAAAAAGACAGUUGCUUGUCUGAGUCUUUUUGCCUACACUGGGGGCAAGAAUUUGAGCGCUCAAGUUGGAAAUAUUCCCCCCAGCCAACAUUCAUUUUGACUUCAAGGGAUUAGGUUGUAGCAUAUCAUGCGGGGCGGUUGUGUGGGGAUGGGAGAUUGGAAAACAAUUCAUUGCUUCAUCGACUUGUACUUAAUAUUUUCACAAAAGGCACUUUAAAAUAAAGUCUCAGGUCUGGUGUAUAAUAUGAAUUUAUGUUGGCACCACCUAAAAAGAUGACUUGUAGCCUUUCAUCCUGUCUAUAAUAGUGUAAUAUUUUUCUUUAUCUGUCCAGUGCCUUGGGACAUCCUCUUGCCGUGAAAGGUGCUAUACCAAUGUAAUUUGUUAGCAACAUGAAGUAUCUCCAAAUCAAACUACCGAGUUCCUUUUAAUGGAUUUUCUUUGAUAUCGAAAUGCAACAUUUCUGAUGUAACUUGAUAACUGUUACUGCCGUAAGUUAACUUACAAACCGUUUACAGACAACCCCAACCUCGGAUCUCGCAGUUAACAAUCGCAGGAUGAUUUUUCUCUUGCCCUCCUAUCAGCUAUCAUGCUCCUAUCCACUCAUUUUAGUGAUCUGCAGAGCUUUGUAAGAAUAAUAAAAAUAAGAAUGUCAACCCAAGGUUUCUUUUCAUACACUUCUCCUGUUAAACUUGUCCUGCAAUAUAAAUUGAUUGUACCAA